CCCCAGUUAGCUUCAUCAUAUACAUCAUCCAUCUUCAUUAAUUCUCCCCUCCAACUCAUUCUCAUUCAGUGGAAAGAAAAAAAAGUGAAUAUGGCACGUAGAAACUUUGGAAGCCAGAUAACAGCACUUGUUGUAGAUGACAAUGUACUGAACAGAAGGAUUCAUGAAAAGCUGUUGGAGAGUGCUGGAGUGAGAAAUCACGAGGGAGUGGAAAAUGGGAAAAUAGCAGUGGAUAUUCAUUGCCAUGGACGAAGAUUCGACCUCAUUCUCAUGGACAUGGACAUGCCAAUAAUGAAUGGCAUUCAGGCAACAAAGGAACUUCGUUCGAUGGGCAUUGGGAGCAUGAUCGUUGGUGUGUCAUCACGUUGUACGGAAACAGAAAUACGAAAAUUUAUGGAAUCAGGGUUGAAUGACUACCAUGAGAAACCAUUGAACACUGCAAAGCUUAAUUCAAUUCUUGAUAAGAUGAACCCUAAUUUUACUAAUAAAUGAGCGAAGAUCCAACCGGCUAAUGCAUGGAUGAAUAAAAACCUUAACCUUACCACUUCCUUGUUAUUUCCAUGUUGUCAUGUUUUUUUUUCUCUCUUUUGGUUAUUCUGUUGUACUUUCUCUUACUAUGGUCAAAUAUGUGACUGUGUGAUAUCACUGUAUCAAUGUUACAGAAAAUAAGGAAAAGAGUUGAGAAAUAACUCUUGUUCAAUCCAUGAUCAA